AAAAAUCAGUAAAACAGAAAUUUUGUGAAAAGUGCUAAGGAUUUGCAGGAUUUAAUUAGAAAAUUUGAUAAAAGUAAAAAAAAAAUUAAAAGAUAAAAGAAAUUUCCACAAAAACCUACAAAAUAUUCAUCAAAGCAAAAAUUAUUCAAAAGGACAUCACAUUAAAAAUAAGUACCAAAAGAAGAUUGGUGUGUUAAUCUUAAAACAAGCCGGCAGUGCUUCAUAAGGAACAUAAGAAAUCUUAAUCAAAGAUUUAGUGCAAAACAGCUUGUUAAUCCAAAAACCUUUUAAUUAAACUUUCAAACAAAAUAUUUAAAACAAACAAAUCUAAUUUCAAAAUCUAUGCAAAAAAGAUAACAAAACGAGAAAAAUUUUAUUUUGUGUGAGAAAGAAAAAUAGUAAAAUAUUCAGCGAGAAAAAGGACAAUGACUUCAUCACUCCUACAGAAUUCACAGAAAACAAUGGAUCUUGACGAAGCUAUAACACCACCAAAACAAACCAACAUCAAAAGUGAGCCAUCAGAUGAUACAGCAGCAAAUAUCUUUGCGUGCUUCAAUUCACCAGCACUUUCACUUUUUGCUCCACAACUUUUAACAAAUCCAUCAGCAGCCGCAGCUGCACUCAUGGCGUCAUGGCCAAUUCAAUUACGUGCUCAGCUUGCAUCAACAAUGGGUCUUCCAACACACACUCCAUUCUUCCCACCUGGAUGGCCAAUGACACCUCCGUUGUCACAUAAAAGUGGCAAUUCACCUCCACCAACAUCACCAUUAUCACCUAUUAAUCAUAAGAAAUCAAUCAAGAUGAAUAACAACAAUAAUUACCCAAACAUGAACAAUAAUCAUAUUGUGUCGACUACCAGUGACCUGAUGAAUAUUAAAAAGUCAAAUAAGAGGAAACAAAAUGACGAUAAGAAUGACCACACCGUUCCUGGAUCAAUUUCACCACCAACAUCAAGCUCAUCGCCUCAGUCAAAUAAUUCAAUUGACUUGAAUUGUAAUAUUGGAUCAGCAACAACGACAACAGCACGCGAUCCAACAAAAGAGAAAAUUUUUACAUGUAAAAUUUGCAAUCGAUCUUUCGGAUAUAAGCAUGUGCUACAAAAUCAUGAACGCACUCAUAGUGGAGAAAAGCCAUUCAGCUGCAACGUAUGCCAAAAGAGAUUUACAAGAGAUCAUCACUUAAAGACACACAUGAGACUACAUACUGGAGAGAAACCUUAUAGCUGCAGCCAUUGUGACCGUCAAUUUGUUCAAGUUGCCAAUCUCCGUCGUCAUCUACGUGUCCACACUGGUGAACGUCCCUACACUUGUGAAAUUUGCAACUCACGAUUCAGUGACUCGAAUCAAUUGAAGGCACACAUGCUAAUCCACAAUGGAGAAAAACCGUUUGAAUGCGAAAAAUGUUUAGGAAAAUUCCGAAGACGUCAUCACUUGAUGCAUCACAAGUGUGGAUCUUCAUCGAUCAGCGAUCAAAAAUCAAUCAAUUCCGAAGAAGAUUUAGAAUUGAGUAGAAAUUAUCAAAAUCUUUUAAAGUCACCGUCACAAGAUGAAAUGCCAAUUAAUCUUGCGAAUGCAGAUGGGAAAUUGAUGAGCAAUUUUAUGAAAAAGUUUAACGAAAGUCAAGCAAGAAAUCUCAUGCUGCCAAUGCCACAAAUCAACUUCAUACAAACUGAUUUACCUGAGCAAACUGAGCCUGAAGAUCUCAGCAUGCAUUCACCAAAGUCACCAGUAACGAUGGAUGAGUUGGAAGAUCUUGAUGAUGCUGCUACGUUGUACUUGAAGUUGCAACAUAAGAAAAAGGCUGUUGGAUUAUGAAUGGAAUGAAUGUUAAUUGUUUUUUGCAAUUUAUGUGCCAUAAAGUAAGAGAAUAUAUGGAAAAUAAAUUUUUGGUUUUUCAAGGGAUGGAACUCAAGAGAAUGCUGAAUUUUGUGACAAGACUUAAAUUCAUGUUUUGUCGUAAAAUUUAAAAAGUUUGCCGAAAUUAAAUAUUUAACCUCAAAAUGUUACUUCUCCUGAAAAAGCCAAAAUUUAAAAUUCAAAUUGUGUAAACUAUUUAGUUAUUAUUUCUAUUUUUUAUUUGUUUGUUUGUUAAAUAAAGUAAGACAAGACAUCUUGAUCUUCAGGGAUAGUCAAAAUUAAAAUUGUAUUUAUGAAAAAUUAUUAUAUAAUUAUUUUUUUUUAAUUUUUGAAUGA